CGACCGCAACGACCGCAUCUACCCAGCAAGACACACCCGGGAUAGCAGCCAAGAGGGAGGACCUUCGUCAUGGACUCCUUUGCCGAUACCGUGUCAAACUUGACGCUGUACGACAUCAAAUCCGCUGUACGCAAAGUACAAAAUGUGGUCAUGAACUUCACAGAAAUGGAGGCCAAGGUCCGUGAAGCCACCAACAAUGAACCUUGGGGUGCCUCGUCCACGCAACUCGCAGAGAUUGCGGAUGGCACGCACAACUUCUCAACAUUCAACGAGAUUAUGCCCAUGAUAUACAGACGAUUCACUGAAAAGACAGCUGAAGAAUGGCGGCAAAUUUACAAGGCGCUGCAGCUUCUAGAGUAUCUCGUCAAGAAUGGCUCGGAACGCGUUAUUGACGAUGCUCGCUCUCAUCUGUCUACCCUCAAGAUGCUCCGCAACUUCCACUAUAUUGACGAAAAGAUGAAGGAUCAAGGCGUCAACGUCCGCAACCGAGCCAAAGAGCUAGUUGACUUACUGCAAGACUCUGAGCGUAUUCGUCAAGAACGCCGCAAGGCAAAGUCUGGUCGCAACAAGUUUGGUGGUGUCUCUUCGGAUUCUGCCUUCAUGACGGCUCAGCACUCUGGCGGCUUUGGUGGAUCCGGUAAAAAGUACGGCGGCUUCUCGUCAGACGACUAUGGCGGCGGCGGUGGCGGCGCCCCAGAGUACAGCAGUGGUGGUGCAUCGAAAAUCUACGGUGACGGUGGUGGUACGGGCGAGGAGACCUUGGGCUACGGUGAGGCUUCCGGCGUCACGCGCAGUUCCUCGACAGGCGGUGCGCGCCGAGAACGCUCUGAACGACCAAAAGCAGCUCGUCCUGUUCGCGGAUUCGCAGAAGAUGCUCUUGGUAGUGUUGCUCAACCAGCCGAGCGCUUCGAUGAAUACGAUGAGUAUGAUGAAGGUGCGGCAGGUGGCUCUGGCUCUUCUCGGCCCGCUGCAGAACGCCAGCCGUCAUACAAGACGACCAUUCCAAAGCCUAUUCCAAAGAAGGAAGAAGCAAAGCCCAAGGAAGUGGAUCUCUUCUCAUUCGAUGACGAGCCUGCUCCUGCGAUUGCUCCUGCAUCGUCAGCAACAUUACCCAAGCUAACGACAUCUGCACCCGCCGCUCUAGAUGAUGACGAUGAGUUUGACGAUUUCCAAAGCGCGUCCACGUCAGUUGCUGCACCACAACCAGCAAAGCAGGCUGCUAUGAUGAGUGUGAUGGGUCCUGCAUCGCCACAGAAACCGCAGUACUCUGGCUUCCAAAGUAUUCAGCCUAUGCAGGCGUCAAAUUCUGGCGCAAGUAAUAAUGCAUCGUUGCUCGGUGGAUUGGCAGGACAACCGACCUUGCAAGCGCCCAGGCAACAACAGCAGCCCUCUGCACCGACAGGUCCAAACUAUUACGCGUCCGGUCUUUUUGCAACACAAACAACAGGCAACAAGCUUCAGCCAGUCGCAUCUCCAGCAAUAUUGGCAGCACAGCAAAAGCCCAAAGCGGCUGCUGGUGAUGCCUUUGGGGAUUUGCUAUCUGGCUUCAAAAAGUCAAGCACACCGACAAAAGGAACUUCUCUCUCUGAGAUGAACAAGCAAACUGCUUCAGCUGGCAUCUGGGGUGCAUCUGCGCCAAGCAAAAGUGCAGCGCCAAAAGAAAUGGACGACGAGUGGGGAGACUUCAACGGCGCUUCUGCAGGCAAGCCUGCGGCUUCUGCUGGCCAGGGAGGAAACAAUGAUUUACUGUUUUGAGUGAGCUGCUAUUGUACUGCUUUGGCAAGCUGCAAUCUACACAGCGGCCUGCCAUGUGAAGCAUAAGCGUCGUUCAUAGAGGAGGCGGCAGAUGAGCAGGGCUCAUAACAUAGGUAUCUGAUUGUCUGUCUUAAAAAUGUUGAUCGGUUCGAGCU